AUGGUCAGUAUUACCAUACUACUACGCAGAAAGCUUCUUGGUGUAUAUAGCAGGCGGCCAUCGAAGCACGAAGCCUUCAUUGACGAAAAGACUGAGUGGAUAAGUGACAGGUUCUUCACUCAACAGCGUCUGGCAGGAGUCAACCCUAUGUCACUGAGACGAGUGACUCUCGAACAUGAAUCCUUCCUUUAUCCUCGUCCAGGUCCAGUAGGGUUGGAUUGGGACACACUCUAUAACACACUGAAUCCAAAAUUUGACUGGGAAGGUGCUGUACAAAAAGCUUUGGGAAGCGAUGACACAUUACGAGAGUGGGACACACUCUCUCCCAUUGCUCUGUUUGCGUCUAAGCAAGAUUUCCUAACAAAAACCAAUGAUCUUGUCCCUGUAGCCAUCCAAAUGGACUACACUCCAGAUUCAGGACCUAAGUUAGUUGAACGGUAUUGUGCUAUCAUGCUCAUAAAAUUGGAAUAA